GGUCAUAUUCCACUGACAAAUGUUACAACGGUCAUAUUCUUCUUCUUUCCCCACCGUUAGAUUCUCAUCAGACGGUCAAAAACCAAUGUUCUCUCUCCUCUUUCCCCAACAUCAUCUUUACCAAGCCAUCAUUUGUUUUUCCCUAGAGAAGUAAAAAACUAGAGGAGAGUUAAAUUUCAUUCUCAAUAUAUAAAAAACACAGUUGUAUAUGGGGUUUAGCUUUUUUGGGUAGUGGGGCUUUAGGAAGUUAAUUUUUUCUUCAGCUUCUCUUUAUGAUGAUGACAGUUGAUUUGUCUGUUUUCGUGCAUGUUUGAAGGUCUUUGAUAGAAAUCUUGGGGUGGUCUUUUUGGGGGGUUGUUGGGGUACUGUUAAUUUUGUUAAAUUUCAACUAGGAUUUCAUUUUCUUGUGGGGUUGUUUGACAAUCUUGUUUUGGUGAUAUGGGGGUGUUAAAGAUUCAAUUUUUAAGGUGUUGAUUGGUUCAAGAUUCAAUUUUUAAGGUGUUGAUUGGUUCAAGAUUGUAGCAUGGGAUUGUUAGACUAACGGUGCCAAAAUUUGAUCACGCCCAACUCAAGUCGUAAAAGGACAAUAGUAUUUUUCUGCUGCAUUUCAAGAUGUGUCCAGAGCUCUUACAUUUAUGGUGUGAGUUCAGCUUCUUUCAAUCCGUUGAACAAUCAAAUUUCUAGAGAAUGAGUUUUGCUCUAGUUUGAAUGUAUUGGAAUCCGAUGAUUUUUUUGGCUAGGUGUUAAAAUUGUUGAUAGUAGGAGAAUUCUUUCCAAUUCUUUGAUUCUUUAAAGAAGUGUGUAUUUGUUGCUGAUUGAUUCCAUUCUUUGUUGCAUAUAGAAAUAUAUUAUUAUACAGAUUUAUAAGAUCAUCAUAUAGGACACACAGAUAUCACAUUUGUUUUGAUUUUUUUUGACAUCGGAUUCCUAUUUUUUGUUUUCUUGGAACUUCACACACUCACAUAUAGACAUUGUUCUGUUUCUCUUUGAAUCCUCUAUAGAACUUUAGUGUUAUCAAAAAUUGUAUAUUUCAUAGUGAAAAUAUAUAUAUAGAAAGAUAAAAGAGAUAUAGAGAAGAAAAAGGGUGGGUGAGUCGGAGUUGAAAAGAAAGAAAAAAAAAUAUUGGAAGGGUGUGAAUUAUGUUGGCUGGUUGUUCUUCUACAUUGUUGUCACCUAGGCAUAGAUUAAGGAGUGAAGCAUCUGCACAAUUUCAAGCUUGUAAUUUCCCUUCAAUGAGCACACAAAGAUUGGAUUUGCCAUGUAGUUUUGCUAGAAAAGACAACCCAAGGUCCCAAUCUAUUAGGCCAGUAGGCAGCCUUUCUGUUGAUAAGCCUAUUGAAACCAAGAACGGUAGUUGCUCUCUUAAGCAGAACAUUCGUCUACCGCCAUCCCCGACUACUGCUCAGACAUCAUCAUAUGUAGAAGGUAGGAGAGAAAGCAAAGAUGAAUUUUGGGAAAAGGGUAGGAGUUUGAAGAGGUAUGCUGAUCAGGGAUGUUUUGAUGAUGACAACUGUAUGAGUAGAGGAGCUAAGAGGAAAAAGGGUAAUAGGAAAUCAGUUGACUGCUCAGAAGAAGUAGAAGGCUAUGGUCUGAGUUUGGGACAAUUGGGUGGUGGCAAUUUCUGGUUACAAUCAGGUUACAACGUGUCGAGAUCAGUUCAAGCUGCAGCACCAUUCUCAUUUUCUUGUUCAGGAGAGGAAGAAAGUGUAUGUUAUGUGCCUAGUGAAGUGAUAUCACCGCCUCCACCUUUGUCAAACAAUCCUUGGAUUGAUUCUGUAGUGACUGAGAUUACUAAUUUUGGUGAUAAGAAUGUUUCAACAAGUCAAGAUCCGGCCAAGGAGGCCUCAGUAUCAAGUGCUUCUUUGGACAGUCAUGGCUUGGUUCUUAGGCUUAACGAGAAUCCGGAGGAGCAUGAACUAGGCAAUGGUUCUAGGGCACCUAAUCCAAAUGACAGGAGUGAAGUUGUAGCAGCACAUAAUGAGCAUAACAACCAU